UGCCCAGGGCAGCGAGCUGGCUAGGGUCGGGUAUACAAUACAGCUAGCUAGGUAGAGGAGCGACCGAGAGAAAUGGAACAUGGCAUCAUCUUUGUGAUGCUCCUGGCCAUGGCGGCCACCGUCGGAGCGCGGUCAGGAGCCACGGCGCAGCCAUCCUGCGUGCCCACUGCAGAUGGCGCCCCUCGCAUGCACGCCGGAGCAGUGCCCCCGUCGCUCGCCGCCAACUCGUCCCCGGCGCUUCAUCGUCUGCAUCGUCCGGCCAGAGGACUACCGACACGCCGAGCUCCGGCGGAUCAUGCCCCGCGGUCACUCGCCCGGCCGCUUCCUCGUCUGCCUCGUCCGGCUAGAGGACUACCGACGACACCAACUCCCGUGGAUCAUGAGCCGUGGUCACCGCCGCCGCCCGCCAUGCAAGGGUGAUUAGUUAUGAAAUUGCAGCCGUGCCUGCUUCUCAGUACGUUGCUGUUGAUCAUCACCUGGUCGCUUUAGUUUUCUGUACUCUGUCGUCCGGUCUAGUUCCAGUUUUUGCCAGCGUGCAAGUUCUAGUCUACAUUUUGCUUAAACAUCACUGUAAUAAGUUCUUUGUAGGCCUUUCAUCUAAAUUCGUGUCUUCUCUUGGAA